AUGGGGAUGAUACCAUGGCUGACCGAGCCGGUCAUGCUGCAUUCUGACCGCAACCCUGGGGCGUGUACGAUGACACCGGAGCAAUGCGCUUAUAAGUCUGCAUAUUGGAGGAAUUGGUACCAGGCAGACCAUCGCUUCUCGUUGCCGACCGUUGCGUUCUUCAUGGUCGCCAUCGGGAUCUUCACAAUCGCCCACAUCUUAACCCUCGUCUUCCCGAAAAGCUUCCAGAAGAACCCGGUCUGGUCACGAUUAGUCGCGUUCUCUCGCUUCUUAUCAUAUAAGAGCUGGAGAAUCGCAGGAUGGAACACGAAUUCAUUGGGUGCUCUUCUCCUCGGAGGCGCAGGCCUGGUUUACUUCCUCUCCAUGACUCUCGGACCGAAGCCGUAUUACUGGCCUAAUACCAAGGAGAUCAGCUAUGGCAACUCUCCACCCAUCGCCACCCGUACCGGCUUCAUGGCACUUGCUUGCAUGCCAUUCCUGGUUGUCCUUGCUGCGAAGGCGAACCCGAUUACUGCCUUGACUGGUAUUUCUCAUGAAAAGCUGAAUAUCUGGCAUAACUGGGUUGCCUGGGCCAUGUUCGUGCUUGCCUUGAUUCACACUUUCCCUUUCAUCGUGUUCCACGUAUGGAAGGGUGAUAUCCGCGCGCAGUGGAAUGACGGUGGUGUCUGGGUGACCGGAGUCGUUGCUCUCAUCGCCCAAGCUUGGCUUACUUUCAUGUCCAUCCCUUGGAUUCGCAACCGCUACUACGAAUUUUUCAAAUCAACCCACCUCUUCAUGGCCUUGGUCUUUGUCAUCUUCUUCUUCUUCCACUGCGACUUCCGCAUGUCAUCGUGGGACUACUUCAUCGCCACCGCAGUGAUCUAUACUCUCUGCUGGUUGUACGCCCAAUGCAAGACCUUCUUCGAACAUGGCAUCCGGAACAAAGCCAGACUCGUCGCUCAGUCAAACGAUACCCUGCGCAUCAGUAUCGAGACGACCAUGGAAUGGGACCCUGAGCAACACAUCUUCCUCCGGUUUUUAACAUGCGGUGCACACGCGCUGACCGCGCACCCGUUCACUAUUUGCUCUGUUCCUCAGCCCGGGCGGAAGAACACAUUAGUCUUCUAUGUCAAAACACGCGGCGGAUUGACGGGUCGUCUUAUGGCUAUGGCUAGGAAGAAUCCCGAUGUACAGAUCCCGGUUCUGAUGGACGGUCCAUACGGUGGAAUCCCAGCCGGGAAGCUGGACGAAUUCGACAAAAGCCUCAUCAUUGGUGGAGGCGCCGGCGCGGGAUUGACCCUGUCGAUGGUUGAAGACUUUACUCGAUUCUCUAAUCCCCAAGAAGAGAAGAGUCAGUUGAACGUUAUUGUGGCAACCCGUGAUCCCGGCAUGAGUGCAUGGUAUACCCGUGCCUUGGAAGAUAUCGCCAAGCGACAGGGCCGCGACUCGUUAAUUCCGGGAAUUUCAAUCCACAUCCACGAGACGUUCACCGGACGGACUGGCCUGGAAACCGAGAGCAAGGAAGUGGAAGUUGAGAGCGAGAUUAAGACACAGAGUGUAGAAUCCAAGGAGUGCAAACCGCUCACAACGGAAAUCUUCGGUAUUCAGUUCUUUGCUGGGCGGCCUGAUUUACGAGCACUUACUCGCCAGGUAGCAAGCCAGGAUGGCGUCUCUGUUGGUGUUGUUGUUUGCGGUCCGUCAUCUAUGACCCACGAUGUCAAGUACGCUGCUUCGGAGGUCCAGAGUCAUAUUCUGGCGAGGAAGGCUGGCACUGCGAGGGCGUUGUGGCUUCAUACCGAGAAUUUCUCUUACUAA